AUGUCUACAGAGCUCGUCGCGGUGGCCUGCAUCGCGUGGUACAUAUUUAUAGCCUGUGUCUGCGCAAUUGGCUACGUGAACUUAUUCCUCUAUUAUCGUCAUGCCUCCGACCGAGCAGCGGUCCUAUCCAAAGAGAAGAAAGAUAUUCCUCACGUCACAGUCAUUCGCCCCUGCAAAGGGCUCGAGCCCUACCUCUAUGAAUGCCUUGCCUCGACCUUCCUUCAAGAUUAUCCAGUCGACAAAAUAACCGUUCACUUCUGUGUUUCAUCACGCUCCGAUGCCGCGUGUCCAAUCAUUGAGAAAGUUGUCGGCGACUACCCGAACCACGAUGCCCGGAUGUUUGUGGAAGAGGAUGACAAUGUCGCUGAACUGGGAAGCCACAAAGAUCUCCUAGGGCCCAACCCAAAGAUCAGAAACAUGAGCCGGGCUUACCACGAGGCUAAGAGCGAUCUUAUCUGGAUCAUUGAUUGCAAUAUCUGGGUAGGGAAAGGUGUCUGUGGUCGAAUGGUCGACACACUAUGCGGUUUUACGACGCGAGGCGCCCCGGCCAAACCAUACAAGUUGGUUCAUCAUCUUCCAAUCUCGGUGGAUGUGAACACAUAUUUAGGCAGACGACGAAAUAGUACUUCAUCAUACGAUGAGACUUCGCCUGCACCGUUGCUGUCCGACAUCCUAUCUCGAACCUUCAGCCUCUUCGACCAAUAUGGAAGCCGCCUGGAAGAACUCUUCCUCUCUUCGUCGCACGCAAAGAUGUACGUAGCCAUCAACACUGUGGCUGCCGCACCCUGCAUCGUGGGCAAAUCCAACAUGUUUCGCCGAUCGCAUCUCGACUACCUAACGAUGCAACGGGCAGUGAAUGAAGAUCCUACCUCCCCUCUACUCGGAAGAACAGGCAUCGACUAUUUCUCUCGCAACAUCUGCGAAGACCAUCUAAUCGGAGACCUGCUAUGGAAAUCCAAACUGCCGCCCCUCCCUGGAUUUCCCAGGACAAUGCGAAAUCAUGGUCUUGUGUUCGGCGACCUGGCCGUUCAACCUGUGGCGGGCAUGACCGUAACCGACUAUGUGGCGAGACGAGUUCGUUGGUUGCGGGUGCGGAAAUUCACCGUCCCUGUGGCCACACUUGUCGAGCCCGGAACGGAGAGCUUCUUAUGCUCUGCCUUUGGUGCUUUCGGCGUGACAACUUGCCAGUCUACACGUGGUAUGUUGGGAGAUACUUGGAAUUGGCUCUACUUCUGGUGGGCAGUGAGUCUCGUGCUCUGGGCCAGUGUUGACUGGACCGUGUAUUUACUUCUGCAUUCUGGUCGUACCAUUGAAACUGACACCAACGAUGUGCCUGAAUUUGCCAGACCUCGCACACGACGCUUCUCUCGACGGCCUUUCACAGCCUGGCUUUCCUCCUGGGUUGGUCGUGAGGUGCUUGCCUUCCCGAUCUGGAUGUGGGCAAUCUGGGGUGGCGCCAGUGUGACAUGGCGCGACCGCCGGUUCUGGGUCGGUAUGGAUAUGAAAGUACAUGAGAUUAGUGAAACCAAUAGGGCUUCAACGAGGGCCAACGAAAGCGGACGUGCUGUCGUGGGUGAUGUUGGUUCAAGAACGGGACUCGCAAAUGGCCAUGCAUUUGCCUUCAUCGCCAGCCCCUCUGAAGAUGCAAAUAGUAGAUUGACGGCGAAGAAAAGGACAGAUUGA